AUAACCGCGACCCAUCCUGUUGAUCCCGGACGCGGGCCGGCUCCUCGAUAGUCCUUCCUUUAUUUCUACCCUCUCUCUUCUCAACAAAAAUAAUCCAAAAAAACCCCCAAAUCUCAGCGAUCUCGACUCAAGAAUCGCGUAAUUGCUCAUCGCUGAGGCCAGACUUAGCUUGGUCAUGAGAGUUAGUCUUCCUUUUCGUAAUAGUGAAGAAAUGUACAUCAUUGAUUGAUAUUUUAUCAGGGGAGAACAUAUUUAAGGCAUGCCUUCUCUUCAGUUAUUGCCACUGACAGAGCAUGGGCGAAAUAUAUUUGCCUCCAGAAGGAGAACACUUGUUACGGUCACAGGUGCUCUAGUUGCUGGUGGAACCGUUGCAUACCUGAGGUCUAGACACCAGAAAAGGUUGAUCAGACCUGACUCUUCUGCUUCUGAUGUUGCAUCUGAGUCUGGGAAAGGAAAAUUGAGUCAGAAUGGUGUUGAUGACAAGUCCAUCAGGAAGUCAAGAAGGAAAAGGAGUGGAUUAAAAUCUCUACAUGUUUUAGCUGCUAUCCUACUUUCCCAGAUGGGAAGAAAUGGCAUGCGCAAUCUCAUGGCUUUAGUUGCUACAGUGGUUAUGAGAACCGCCUUGAGUAAUAGACUGGCAAAAGUGCAAGGGUUCUUGUUUCGAGCUGCUUUUCUACGGCGUGUACCGACUUUCUUACGCCUAAUCAUCGAAAAUCUUCUCUUAUGUUUUCUCCAGUCGACAUUAUUUUCCACUUCAAAAUAUUUGACAGGGGCCUUAGGUUUGCGGUUCAGAAAAAUAUUGACGGAUCUCAUACAUGCUGAUUAUUUUGAGAAUAUGGCGUACUAUAAAAUAUCACAUGUAGAUGACAGAAUCACUAACCCAGAGCAGCGCAUUGCGAGUGAUAUACCAAAAUUUUGUUCAGAAUUGAGUGAUCUUGUACAGGAGGAUCUCACUGCAGUCACAGAUGGGCUGCUCUAUACCUGGCGCCUCUGUUCUUAUGCAAGUCCAAAAUAUGUGCUCUGGAUACUGGCAUAUGUAAUAGGGGCAGGGUCCGUGAUUAGGAACUUCUCCCCUGCAUUCGGGAAAUUGAUGUCCAAGGAGCAGCAGUUAGAAGGGGAAUAUCGGCAGCUUCACUCACGGCUAAGGACCCAUGCUGAAAGUGUUGCAUUUUAUGGGGGAGAGAAUAGAGAAUCUUCCUACAUCAAGAAGAAGUUCAAAACUCUUAUUAGGCACUUGAAUCUCGUUCUUCAUGACCAUUGGUGGUUUGGAAUGAUUCAAGAUUUCUUAUUGAAGUAUCUCGGUGCCACAGUGGGAGUUGUCCUGAUCAUUGAACCAUUUUUUGGUGGCAAUCUACGAUCUGAUUCUUCAACAAUAGGAAGAGCAGAGAUGUUGAGCAAUCUCCGUUAUCAUACAAGUGUUAUAAUUUCUCUUUUUCAGUCUCUUGGGACUCUCUCUAUCAGCUCCAGACGGUUAAAUAGACUCAGUGGUUAUGCUGACCGUAUUCAUGAGCUAAUGCUUGUUUCAAGAGAAUUAUCUGAGGUGCAUGAAAAAACAUCAAUUCAGAAGAACUCAAGCAGGAAUUAUAUUAGUGAAGCUAAUUAUAUCGAGUUUGCAGGUGUCAAGGUAGUAACACCGACAGAAAAUGUAUUAGUGGACAACUUGACUCUUAGGGUGGAAUCUGGUUCUAACCUUUUGAUCACCGGACCUAAUGGAAGCGGGAAAAGCUCCCUUUUCCGAGUUCUUGGAGGCCUCUGGCCAUUGGUGUCUGGCCACAUAGUGAAACCUGGGAUUGGUUCUGAUCUCAAUAAGGAAAUAUUUUAUGUGCCACAACGCCCAUAUACAGCUUUUGGAACACUCCGUGAUCAGCUAAUUUAUCCUCUUACCGCAGAUCAAGAGACUGAACCACUUACCCAUGAAGGGAUGGUUGAACUGUUGAAAAAUGUUGACCUUGAGUACUUGCUGGAACGUUAUCCGUUGGAUAAGGAAAUAAACUGGGGUGAUGAACUUUCUCUGGGCGAGCAACAGAGGCUGGGAAUGGCCAGGCUAUUUUAUCAUAAGCCUAAGUUUGCUAUUUUGGAUGAGUGUACAAGUGCUGUUACAACUGAUAUGGAGGAAAGGUUCUGUUCUAAGGUUCGGGCAAUGGGCACAUCAUGCAUUACUAUAUCACACCGCCCUGCAUUAGUUGCAUUUCAUGACAUGGUUUUGUCAUUAGAUGGAGAAGGAGGAUGGAGUGUUCAGUCUAAGAGGGAUUAUUUACAAUAUCCCAGUGAAAGGGAUCCUAAUUUGUUAAAAUCAUCAGAAACUGAUCGUCAAAGUGAUGCUCUAGCUGUUCAGAGAGCUUUUACUGCUGCCGGAAAGAUAAAUACCUUUCCUAAUUCCAAAGAGCUUUCUUAUUCAACGGAGCUGAUAGCAUCAUCUCCUAUCCUAGAGCACAAAGUUUCUUUGCCCAUUGUUCCACAACUUAAAAAUACUCCAAGGGCAUUGCCUUUAAGAGUUUCUGCAAUGUUUAAAGUGCUGGUGCCGAGGCUGCUAGAUAAACAGGGUGCACAGUUGUUUUCAGUUGCCUUACUUGUAGUAUCCAGGACAUGGAUCUCAGAUCGCAUAGCUUCUUUGAAUGGUACCAGCGUUAAAUAUGUUUUGGAACAAGAUAAGGCUGCAUUUGUUAGAUUAACGGGUAUAAGUGUUCUUCAAAGUGCUGCAAACUCCAUUGUUGCACCUUCUCUGAGGUCUUUGACAUCAAGGCUCGCACUUGGGUGGCGAAUUCGUUUGACUCAUCAUCUACUUGAGAAUUAUUUGAAAAAUAAUUCUUUUUAUAAGGUGUUCCAUAUGUCAGGCAAAGAUAUUGAUGCCGAUCAGAGGAUAACACAUGAUGUGGAAAAGUUGACAACUGAUCUGUCAAGUUUAGUUACUGGGAUGGUAAAGCCUUCUGUUGACAUCCUCUGGUUCACUUGGAGAAUGAAGUUGUUGACUGGCCGAAGAGGAGUUGCUAUAUUGUAUGCUUAUAUGUUAUUGGGUUUAGGUUUUUUGAGAAGUGUUGCUCCUGAAUUUGGUGACUUAGCGAGCAGAGAACAACAACUUGAAGGAACAUUUAGGUUUAUGCAUUCAAGGCUCCGUACACAUGCUGAAUCUGUUGCUUUCUUCGGUGGUGGUUCUCGAGAAAAAGCUAUGGUAGAUUCGAGAUUCAAGGAAUUGCUCAAUCAUUCUAAGAUCUUAUUGAGAAAGAAGUGGGUUUAUGGUAUCCUGGACGACUUCAUCACAAAGCAGCUCCCUCAUAAUGUUACAUGGGGACUGAGUUUAAUGUAUGCAAUGGAGCAUAAAGGAGACCGUGCUUUAACUUCUACACUAGGGGAGCUGGCACAUGCACUGCGCUUUUUAGCGUCUGUGGUAUCACAAAGCUUUCUAGCAUUUGGUGACAUUCUUGAGUUGCACAGAAAGUUUCUUGAACUUUCUGGUGGAAUAAAUCGUAUAUUUGAGCUUGAGGAACUUCUUGCUGCUGCCCAAAAUGAUAUUCCUCUAUGUGAUGCUUCUGUGUCCUAUGAUGAAAAUGGCACACAUCCACAGGAUAUUAUCUCCUUCUCUAAUGUUGAUAUCAUCACCCCAUCACAGAAGCUGUUAGCUAGGCAGUUAACAUGUGAAAUUGUGCAAGGACAAAGCCUCCUCCUUACUGGACCUAAUGGGAGUGGGAAGAGCUCCAUGUUCCGAGUUCUCCGAGGUUUGUGGCCUGUCGUAAGUGGGAAACUUAUGAAACCCUGCCAAAAUACUGAUGAAGAGAUGGGACAACAUUGUGGCAUGUUCUACAUUCCACAGCGGCCUUACACUAGUUUGGGAACCCUGAGGGAUCAAAUAAUUUACCCUCUCUCACGUGAAGAAGCUGAGAAGAGGAUGCUAAAAAUUGUUGAGAAAGGUGGUGAUUCUGAUGCUUCCCAUCUUUUGGAUGAUCGUCUGAGGUCUAUUCUUGAGAAUGUCCGAUUAGUUUAUCUCCUUGAACGAGACGAGCAAGGUUGGGAUGCUUGUCCUAACUGGGAGGACGUGUUAUCUCUUGGUGAACAGCAGAGACUUGGCAUGGCCCGCUUGUUCUUUCACAACCCCAAAUUUGGCAUCCUGGAUGAGUGCACCAAUGCCACCAGCGUUGAUGUUGAAGAACACCUAUACAGACUUGCGAAAGAAAUGGGCAUCACAGUUCUGACAUCCUCUCAACGACCUGCUCUAAUACCGUUUCACUCCAUGGAAUUGCGACUGAUUGAUGGCGAGGGGAGAUGGGAGCUAUGUUCAAUCAUCAACCAGUAAUGUUAACCAUAACGUGGUAAAUUAUAUCAAGCAUUUGUUCAGAUUCAAAAAGCACGCAAAGCCUAUGCUUCAUACGAAAACACAAAAAAGCCAACAAGGAGUUGAUUUCACCAAGAUACUAGUUGCAAUGUGCAAAAACUAGUGAUUGUUGGAUGUAUAACCCUCAGUCAAAUCCUGCCUCAGGACGAACUGCUGUUCCUGUCUAAAGGAAGAAAAUUUUGUAAUGGCAGAUAUCCAUAUGGCAAUGAUGCUUUUGGUACCAAAGGGAGCAAGCCCUCUAUUAUAUAGCCUUGGAUUUUUGCUUACAGCAGCGAAAAGCUGAGGAGCAUGGUCCCUUAAAUUGAUAAGUAGUGGGUCAUGCCUUAAGAGUUGUAUACUAAUUAUUUGUUUGUAUAGAUGACAGUCAGUGGGACAAUCUGAAAUUUGUAUACGUAAUAAUUUAGUAUAAAGGAAACUAGCUAGAUGUGCACUUGAAUGCUUCCGGCAUCGGAGGCUUGCUUUAUACAAGAAAAUGAAGCUUGGAGAUAUCUCCAGUUAUAGUA